GGCUGCGCCACUUCCGCUGCUCGGGCCGUGAUGACUGCCGGGCCCUGGUGGCUGGUGCUCUGGAUGCCUCUCCUGGCCACUCUGCCCGCGGGCGCGGUGCAGCAGGAGGAGGAGGCGGUGAUGGCAGCUCCUAGAUGUAAAUCUCUGAAGGAAGCCGACUUCAUCGAAACAUCUAUGUCAGACUGUUACUGCUACAAUCAAGAGCAAAUACAGUGGACAUACAUGUGGUCAACGGUGCAGGUGACCGUCGCCAGUCCUGGCCUGCUCAGAUUUGUGUACAUCACGGGAAGUCGCAAUUGCCAGCAUCCGGAAACCAUUCUAUCAUUUGUCAAAUGUGUAAUUCAUAACUUUUGGGCACCAGAGGAGCUUAAGGGACUGAUCAUGGUCUUCAGUCCAUACGGAGAAACCGUAUGCUUCUCCGUGAACCCCAUCGGGAGGGUGUCGACCUACAUAGUGAGUGUGGACCGAAACAGUAAGUCUGUUGCCAUUAGAGCUGACUGGAUACUCACUGUGGACCUCAGACUCCUCCUUCUAUUUGUGGCUGGCAUUUUCCUCUUCUUUUCUGCAAAGACCUUGAGCCAAAGCCCUGUUUUCUAUUACUCUUCGGGUACUGUGUUAGGUGUGCUCAUGACACUAGUCUUUGUCCUUCUGAUGGCUAAGAGACACAUUCCAAAGUAUAGCACGUUUGGGGCGCUAAUGAUUGGUUGUUGGUUUGCUUCAGUUUAUGUCGGGUUCCAGCUGACGGAAGACCUGAAGAGGCUGUGGUGUGGACACAGACUGUACGUAUUAGGCUAUUUCCUGGUGGUUGGGCUUUGUAGCUUUGCCGCCUGCUACUGGCAUGGGCCCCUCGCCAGUGAGUGGAGCAGAGGCCUUCUGAUGUGGACAUUGCGGUCCCUCUCCCUGGUCCUGCUCUACAUGGGUGUAGCCGUGCCUCAGUUUGCCUACGUCGUCAUGGGCCUCCUCCUGUUCUCCCGGAGUCUGCGCCAUCCGCUGAGAGCGCUCAGCUAUCUCAGGUGGAAAAUGAGGCCGUGGUUCUCAACAGAACCGCCAGUGGUGAAGUUUCUCACCGAGGACGAGUACAGGGAGCAAGCUGAGGCCGAAACAGCCAGCGCUCUGGAGGAACUGCGCCGUGCCUGCUGCCGGCCCGACUUCCCUUCCUGGCUGGCCGUCUCCAGGCUCCAGGCUCCUAAAAAGUUUGCAGACUUUAUUCUCGGAGCGAGCCACUUGUCCCCCGAGGAAGUCAGCACACACGAGAGGCAGUAUGGCCUUGGGGGCGCCUUCUUGGAAGAGCAGCUCUUUAGCCUUCAGGCCGACAGUCAACCUGCAAGCUGACCUCAGUGUGAACUAGGGAUUGAUUGGGUGAAAGGCAAAGACCCUCGUACAGUGGGCAGUGGGAAAAGCAUGCACCGCUGAGGGAAACAAGCCAUGCGAGUAAGAAGCACGCAUGCAGAGAACUCACCUCCGGCAGCCCGCUGACUGUGCCAUAGGUGGCAUAAGGACCCUAAGAAUCACCGCCACUUGCCCCAAAUGAAGACGACUUUCGUUAGAACAGUAGGACCUUUCCUUUAGGACAGUAAGCAAGGUCAGAUACCAUCCCAGCACCGGGCUCUGGCUUCUCUCUUGAUGCCGUGAAGCUGGCUCAAAAGGCUGCCUUGUUCUCUCUCCGUUUCUUGAUAGCAGUGUUUUCUAAAGUGCCCUCCACGUGGUACGAGUUAGGGCUGAUAACGGCUCCCCGCGCCAGCAUGGUAGAAUCUGUCGCACCUAGCAGGUUUCUCCAUCUUCAGUGCAGGGAAGGCAUCGUGGGUCUGAAUGGCAGACAUCGUGCACCAGGGCCGCAGACUUACUGACCAGAAACCAUUUUCCAUGAGAUGAAUAAUUGUUAGAACAUGCUUGGAGGUUCGGGUUUGAGAGGUAUGUCCUCAGCAGCCUCGGCCGCGCGCCAGCCCUGGUGUAUCCUGAGACUCGGGUGGAUGACCAUCUUCAGACGGAGGGUCAGGGCUCUGUCCUCAGCAGCCUUGGCCCCACCGUGUUGGUGCCUCCGUUUUUGUCUAUGUUGCUUUCUUUUUAAAAUAAUGACCAAUUAGCUAUUUAAUAACUAACGGAAAAAAGACAUAUCUUAGGAUUAUAUUUAAUGUUUUCACAAGAUUUUAUAUGCAGACAGACUAUAAUUUUUGUACUUUUAUAUAUUAAAUCUGAAAGCAGGUAGCCAUUUGUGACAUUGAGAUUUAUUUUUUUAAGCUGCUUUUAUAUGUUUGCGAUGGUUUCUCACAAAACAGAUUUUGAUACUCUUUUUUUAAUAGAGAGAAAAGUGUUUGUUUCUUGAUCCAUGAUAAACUCCAGCGUGAAAUGAGCCACUAACUGCUUCGACUGCAAAGAAAGGAGCAGAAACGGGUCUAAGGGUUGACUACGGCAAGCAUUCUGUGAAGGAGCCGCUGGCUUGAUUCUCUGAGGAUCAAGUGCAGGCUUGUUUUUGUUGUCUUUGUUUUGUGCUGCAAUGAUAAAACCAUGAGAAGCCAUCCUAUAUAAAGAAAGGUGUGGUGAGGGGGAACAUAAGAAGUGGUCACUGUCAUUCCUUGAGAGCUGUGAACUUUGUGGAACUUUCUCGAUUGACUCUCAAAUGAUCUUCUUGAAGCAGUCCGUUAGUGUUCCUGGACCUGCUUUCUACAGACACAUUUAACAUUAGGAGUCUUGUUCCUUUCCUCAGAAAUGUUACUCAGGGCAGUCUGUGCCUGUACAGACUUUAAAAAGCCAAAGAAUGCGGUGUGGAGAGAGGUGGCUCAGUGGACUCCCUGCCUUGCAGAGGACCUGGGUGGCAGUUCCUGGUGAUCUGAUACCCUCUGACUCCGCAGGCACCAGGCGCACCAGGCAUGCGUGUGUCGCACCUACAUGUACGCAGGCAGAACACUCAGGCAUAAAAUAAAGCUUUAUUUAUACAAAACUGCCAGAGAGUGUGCCUCCGUUCAUCUUGGCACCUGACCGUCUUGCUGGUACAGACAAGCGUUCUAGCAUGAUUUGGCCGCAGCUUAGGCUUUCCUUUUCUGUACCUUCAUUUAUUGGUGCUAUAUUGUAACGUGUCAGGCGUGUCCGUGCUGUGCAUGGUCGUGUUCACCCCUCACUAAGCAGUCUGUCUAGUAUCGACUGUGUUUGUGUGUGAUUGACACCGCGGCACCCACUGCUGCGCCCGCCCGCUCCGCCCUCCUGAGCCACAGGAGAUUGCGCAGUGAGGAAGCAGCUCCGAUGGCGGCGAGCCCCUGCAGCCACAGUGAACACAGUGGCAGUCUUUUGGGAUGCUGUUUCCAUGCUCAGUUUUGGAAGGAAUCAUGGGUCUGUCAAA